GGGGGUACAGGGGGCAGGGGGGAUUGUCGGGGCGAGAAGCGGAGAAGCUCAGGGCAGCAGGACAAGGGGAGCGGAGGGGUCCCCGAGAACCUGGGCCCUUGGAUGGAGAGGGGGAUGAAGGAGGCCAGGUUUGGAACAAACAGGGACAGGGGAGGCGGGCUAUGAGGAGGGGCGCCGGGGAGAAGUGAGCUGAGGCGCAAAAGGAGAGUGUGUGUUUGGGGGAAGGGAAGGCAGAGCAGGUAUGGAGGCCGCAGCUCAGGAGGUAUCUGUGGGGUCAGACUGGAGACCCCCGGGUGGGCUGGAGGGGCAGGACUGGGAGCGGGAAGCGGGGGGGUUCUCCCAAAUCCUGGGGAAGGAAGAUGAUGGGACCAACAGCUAGGGAAGAAGGGGGCACCAUUGCUGAGGGGCCCGGAAGCUGGAAUAGGGUGGACGGAGGCCCAAGCCAGGACCAGAGAGGGGAUGCCAGGGAGUGAAAAUAGAUGGAUGGGUGGAAUUUGAAAUGCCUGGUUCAGUGCCCCCACCUUCCCUUCAGCACCCCCGCCCUGCCCUUGUGACCCCCCACCAAGCCUCAGGGUCUGAGAAGGGGUGACAAGGCUGAGGCUCCCCAUUCUCCAGUGGGGUGCAAUGUACGCAAGUAGGCCCUAGGCAUAACUCCUUGUCUGUAGGUGUGUCCGGUUCUGUGGCAGAUUUGUAUGUGUCUGGAGGUCCUUGUGAGCCUGUGGGUGUGUCGGUUGGUGUUUACGUCUGUGUGUGUCUGCUGCUUCUAGGUGUGCAUUCACCUCUGUCCACCUGUGUGUCUGGUCCUUGUAGAUCCAGGCUGAAUGUGUGUUUGUGGGGCUCGUCUGGAUGGUAGAUCAGGCUGUAUUUACACAGGAUGAGAAUCUGUCUGAUCUCUCCAGCGUGUGUACGUGUGGCUCAGAACACCUUUGUCAGGGUGUGUGACUGUGUACAGGUGUCUGUGUCUGUCUGUCUGGGGGUCCUAGAAGUGGCUGGGUUUUCUGUACCUGUCUGUUUUCUCUUGAGGACCCAAGUCAUGUCUCUGCUCCUUUUUCUCUCUUUCAUUUGUUCCUGGUCACCACCCACCCCAUGUCUUCCUUUUCUUCUCACUUGACCCCUAUCAAGUGGAUCCGGGACCCAGGGAGGGCCGCCCCCCGGGUCUGGUGGCACUGAGCAGGGCCCCCCAGCCCCCACCUCCUGCCCCACGACAUGAACCUCCUCUACCGAAAAACCAAGCUGGAGUGGAGACAGCACAAGGAAGAGGAGACCAAGAGGAGCUCCAGUAAAGAGGUGACCCCGGCAGGCCCUACGGGGCCUGGGGCGGGCCCAGGGCCUGGGGUCCGUGUGCGGGACAUCACCUCCCUGCGCCGCUCCCUCAGGAUGGGCUUCAUGACGAUGCCCGCCUCCCAGGAGCACACGCCCCACCCCUGCCGCAGCGCCAUGGCCCCACGCUCCCUCUCCUGCCACUCUGUGGGCAGCAUGGACAGUGUGGGGGGUGGGCCUGGGGGUAGUGGUGGGGGUCUCACAGAGGACAGCAGCACCCGAAGACCCCCAGCCAAGCCUCGGAGACAUCCCAGCACCAAGCUCAGCAUGGCAGGAUCAGGAGCAGAGACACCCCCCAGCAAAAAAGCAGGCUCACAGAAACCCACCCCAGAAGGUCGCGAAUCCAGCCGGAAGGUCCCUCCACAGAAGCCCAGGAGAAGCCCCAACACCCAGCUGUCUGUCUCCUUUGAAGAGUCCUGCCCCCAGGCACCCUCUCCUCGAGGGGGGAACCUGCCUCCGCAGCGCCUGAGUAGGGGUUCCAGAAUAGCUGGGGACCCUGAUGUGGGUGCUCAGGAAGAAGAGCCUGUGUACAUUGAGAUGGUGGGGGACGUCUUCAGGGGAGGAGGACGAAGCGGAGCCGGACCCCCUCUUGGGGGUGGGGGCCCAACCCCCCCAGCUGGUGCCGACUCGGACUCCGAAGAGAGUGAGGCCAUCUAUGAAGAGAUGAAGUACCCGCUGCCAGAAGAAGCAGGGGAAGGCUGGGUCACUGGGGCCACCCCAUUGACAGCAACCUCUCCUCCACACCAGCUUCACGCCCUUCAGCCCCAUGGCCAACGCCGCCCAGCUUCAGCCCUCCCGAGCCGGAGGGAUGGGACACCCACCAAGACUACCCCUUGUGAAAUCCCCCCACCUUUCCCUAACCUCCUUCAGCACCGUCCUCCUCUCCUGGCCUUCCCCCAAGCCAAGUCUGCUUCCCGAACCCCUGGCGAUGGUGUCUCGAGGCUACCGGUCCUCUGCCACUCCAAGGAGCCCACAGGUUCCACCCCAGCUCCCCAAGUGCCUGCAAGAGAGCGGGAGACGCCACCCCCGCCACCUCCGCCUCCUGCUGCCAACCUGCUGCUGCUGGGACCAUCGGGCCGAGCCCGGAGCCACUCGACACCGUUGCCACCCCAGGGCUCUGGCCAGCCCCGGGGGGAACGGGAGCUCCCCAACUCCCACAGCAUGAUCUGCCCCAAGGCAGUGGGGGCGCCGGCAGCCCCCUCUGCUCCAGCUGCCUUGCUCCCCGGCCCCCCCAAGGACAAGGCUGUGUCUUACACCAUGGUGUACUCGGCAGUCAAGGUGACCACGCACUCCGUCCUCCCAGCUGGCCCACCUCUAGGUGUUGGGGAGCCGAAGACAGAGAAGGAGAUCUCAGUUCUCCAUGGCAUGCUAUGCGCCAGCUCGAGGCCCCCUGUGCCAGGGAAGGCCAGCCCCCAUAGUGGGGCCAUGGGCACAGCAGCUGGGGUCCUCCACCACCGCAGCUGCCUGGCCUCCCCCCACGGCCUUCCGGACCCAACUGCAGGCCCCUUGGCCCCCCUCUGGACCUACCCAGCCACAGCAGCUGGGCUCAAGAGACCCCCUGCCUAUGAGAGCCUCAAGGCCGGGGGGGUGCUGAGUAAGGGCUGUGGAGUGGGGGCCCCAUCCCCCAUGGUCAAGAUCCAGCUGCAAGAACAAGGGACCGAUGGAGGUGCUUUUGCCAGCAUCUCAUGCGCCCACGUCAUCGCCAGUGCAGGGACACCAGAAGAGGAAGAAGAGGAGAUGGGGGCCACGACAUUUGGGGCAGGCUGGGCUCUGCAGAGGAAGGUCCUAUACGGAGGGAGGAAGGCACAGGACCUGGACAAGGUCGAGGACGGUGUCCGGGCUUGGAAUGGCAGUUCCCAGGUUCCAGGCAAGCUGGAGCGUGAGGACAGGGGCCCUGUGGCAUCAGGGAUCCCAGUAAGGAGCCAGGGGGCAGAGGGCUUGCUGGCCAGGAUCCACCAUGAUCGAGGAGGGAGCCGCACCGCGCUGCCCAUACCCUGCCAGACCUUCCCUGCCUGCCACCGCAAUGGAGACUUCAUGGGAGGCUACCGCCUGGGGCGCUCAGCCUCCACCUCCGGAGUCCGGCAGGCUGCGCUGCACACCCCCCGGCCUUGCAGCCAGCCUAGGGAUGCUCUGAGCCAGGUGAGGUGUGGGUUUUCUUUUAUCUGUGAAGGAGCAGGUAAGGCUUAGGUAUAGAAAGGCAGGAAAGGGCUCAGGCAGGCUGGAGCUGGACUCCAUAUGGUUGGCACAGCCUGAUGGGGACCGAGGGAAACUCAGGGUGAGGGGGCUGAGAAGGCUUCCAGGAUGGGCCUGUUUAAAAUGGGCAGAGAAGGCCAGGCAUGGUGGCACACUCCUGUAAUACCAGCACUCGGGAGGCUGAGG